UACAUUUCACGUGUUGUUGUGUACAUGCUGGUGUUGUUGUUACUGGUUGGUAUGCUAACUAGACAUUCAGCAAUACUAUCGGAAUAACAUUAUUUCACAGUGUCUCGCUCCUGUUUCUGUAUAAACCGCGGAAGUGCAUUUGUAAAAUGAAAGUGGUCGCGUUGAUAAGCGGGGGCAAAGACAGCUGCUACAACAUGAUGCAGUGUGUUGAUGCAGGACACAGGAUCGUCGCUCUGGCCAACCUGCACCCAGCCAACACAGAUGAGCUGGACAGCUACAUGUACCAGACGGUCGGUCACCAGGCCAUAGAUCUGUACGCGGAGGCCAUGGAGCUGCCCCUGUACAGACGCACCAUCCAGGGGGCCAGCCUGAACACGGCCAGGGACUACAGGGAGACGGAGGGGGACGAGGUGGAGGACCUCUAUCACCUGCUGCUCACGGUCAAGGAAAAGGAGGGAGCGGAGGCCGUGUCUGUGGGAGCCAUUCUGUCGGACUAUCAGAGGGUCCGAGUGGAACAUGUGUGCGUGCGUCUGGGCCUGCAGCCCCUGGCCUUCCUCUGGCGCCGCGACCAGGAGACGCUGCUCUCCGACAUGAUAUCAGCUGACCUCCACGCCCUCCUCAUCAAAGUGGCCGCUUUAGGCCUGGAUCCUGAGAAGCACUUAGGCCAACCCCUGGCUGCCAUGGAGCCCUAUCUGAAACAGCUCCACAGGAAGUACGGCAUUCACGUGUGUGGGGAGGGUGGCGAAUACGAAACCUUCACCCUCGACUGCCCGCUCUUCAAGAAAAGAAUCGUUAUUGAUGCCAUGGAGACGGUGAUCCACUCCGCCGACGCCUUCGCCCCGGUCGGCUACCUCCGCUUCACCAGGAUGCACACGGAGGACAAGGACGACGCUCGGGUGGCAGGGGCUCGCCCCCUUCCUCCUUGUCCUUGCCAGAGUGCCAUCGACAACAUGACAGAGGAGGCAGAAUAUGCUGAUCAAGCCCAAGACAUCCAGCUAGAAUUUACAUCAAACGGCGACCUUAGUUGUCAGUCGGGCCGUGGUCCCCCCCCCUCCUGCUCCCCCAGGACAUCCAGAGGGUACCAGUGGGUCUCGGGGAUCUCAGGGGCUCACAGCCCAGACCCUGGAAUCCACAACCAGACCAUGGCUGCCUUUACACUGCUACAAGGUGAGCUGGAGACGAGAGGUUGGCAGAUGAAGCACAUUGUCCUGGUCCACCUGUACGUGAGGAGCAUGGAGGACUUCAGCGCCGUCAACGCCGUCUACAGGACGCACUUCGGUCCCAACCCUCCAGCCAGGGUGUGCGUGCAGGCCCCUCUGCCCCCUGGCCAGCUCCUCCAGGUGGACUGUCUGCUGCAGGCCUGGCCCCAGCCGGCCCCUGGGGAGGAGGAGGAGGAGGAGAAGGAGGAGGAGGAAUCCUUCCACCAGAGAGAGGCCCUGCAUGUCCAGAGCCUGUCCCACUGGGCCCCCGCCAACAUCGGGCCCUACAGCCAGGCCCUCAGGGUGGACGAGGCUGUGUUCUGUGCCGGCCAGAUCGCCCUGGUCCCCUGCUCCAUGCAGCUGGUAAAGGCCGGCGUCGGGCCCCAGGCCCGGCUCUCCUUCAGCCACGUGGAGAAGGUUCUGGAAGCGGUGGUGAGCGGCCUGACGCUGGGUCACGUCCUCCAGGCCCACUGCUACGCCACGCGGAGCCGGGACGUCGCCGCCAUCAGGGAGGUCUGGGAGAGCAUGCUGAGGACAGCAGCAGGCCACGAGGACCUAUCUGGGAAGCCAGAGGUCCAGCGUGCCCCUUUCGUGGUCGCCGUGGUGCCCGCCUUGCCAAGGGGCGCAGCCGUCGAGCUCCACGUCACCGCCGUCCGCGACGCCUCCGAGGAACGGACUUCCUGUCACAUGACCACGGCGUUGGCAUGCGGUUCCAUAGAGUGUCGGGGCCUGGUGUCCAGCAGCAGCCUGUGUGGCACCCUCUCCCUGGCCCUGUCGGUGCCCGGCACAGCCGCGCCCGCAGAUACGGAGGAAGAGAUUCUCCGGGCGCUGUGUGCCACCCUCCAGAGGGCCAGGCACAAGAUGGCCGCUGGGCUAACUCCGCUGUGUGCCAGGGUGUUCUACAAGUGUGCCCACUCCCUGGCUGGACGCCUAGUCGCAGGCCUGGAGGAAUGUUUGAGGAUGACCCUAGACCAGUCCAGUCCAUCUGUAGCGCUGGUUCCAGUUCUGGACCUGCCCGACUCCCUGAUCCUCCACCUGUCCUGCUGGCUCAGUGUUUAGACUCAGCGAGAGAGAGAGAGACCAUCCACACAGAGAGACUGUUGAACGGUUCUGGGCCUCAGCAACAGUAGGAGAGACCACAACGAGAGACCUCUUUAGACCGUGAAGAUGACCGAUUGUGUAGAGUUGUUCAAAUGAGUGUGUGGAUGUGAACACCAUUGUGCACACUUGAAUAGCAAAGAUAAAAAUCUUGAUCUUGAAGCCUUCGUCUUAAACAAUCUGUCUGUGUGCGUGUGAGUCUGCAUGUGUGAGGGUGUGUGCAUGUGAGCGUGUGAGCGUGUGUGCGUUUCUGCCCGCGCGUGUGGAUGUGUAAGCGUAGUAUGUCUAUGGAAGUGGCCAACACCAUAGCCUCUAAUCCACUGUAUCCGUCCCCUAAGCUCAGAGCAGCUGUCACACAAGCAGCCACAGAGGAGACAGGCCUGCCGAGCAUACCAGAGGACAGGAGCCCACAGUAACCCAGAGAGAGGGAGAGGGAGAGAGAGAGAGCGAGAGAGAGAGGGAGAGGGCGAGAGAGAGAGAGAGAGAAUGAGAGA